UCAAACCUCACAGGGCAAAUAUGUUCCAGAAAAUGAAUGCAAUUCAGAUGUGGAGAGCCGGCUGUAAGAGAUCCCUGUUCAGUGAUUUCUACCACAUCGGAAUAUCAGUUGCUGAAAACCUGCUGUUGUCAACAUUAGAUAAGUUAGCAGAUACGUUUGAUAAAGGACUGAAACAGUGGAAGAUAGAAUUACAGGAACACAUUUUCCCAUCUAAUUCUGCCAUGGAAACAGAAGAUGCUUCCAGUGUAAGUGACGAUGAUACGGACAUAUCUCAGCUCUCUUCAAUAGUUUCUUCCGAGAGUUCUGAAUCUAUGGAUGAAUGGGAAGAUAUUGCUGAAGAAAGUGUUUUAGAAGAACCAAACACUUCCAUAUGUUGAAAAUAUUCAAGACAUCCCUCAUGGUAAUUUUCUGCUUAAUUAUUGUAACUGAUAGAAUCUACUGUGAUUUGUAAACCGUUCUGCAAAUAAAAAUCUUUUUAGU